AUGGCUGACUGGUCGAUCAUGGACCGCGAGUGGACCCCAAACCAGUAUGACCCGUACCAUUACGGGUACAACUUCUACUACCAAGAGAAACAACCGGUUCCUUAUCAGCCGCCGCAAGCGCAGACCUACGGCUCUCCCCCGUCGCCGGGCCUGACUCUCCUGCUGGCCUCUCCUGAACUGACCCCACCUCAAGAUGCACAGUUGCAGUAUGUCAAUACAGCUGCUGCUCCUAAAGGGGACAACCCUCGAGAGACUCGCAACAAGGCAGAGAAGCAGCGCCGGGACACCCUCAACCAGUCUAUAGCUGAACUGGCGUCCAUGGUGCCACCCGUGGUAGCCGCCAGUCGCAAAAUAGACAAAACGGGCAUUUUGAGACUCACCGCCCAUUAUCUGCGGUCACAUCAAUAUGUUUUCGGCGAUUCUAUUGGCCAGAGCGACGCCAAGGACUUCAGCCCCGCCGCAUCGCAGGCACUGCUUUCGUUGCUGAACGGGUUCCUCAUUACCACUACUUAUAAAGGCUUAGUGGUUGUGGUCUCGCAAAAUGUACAGCAGUACUUGGGAUAUACUGAACUCGAACUGCUGGGCCAGAACAUAUUCAAUGUGGUUCACGAGGAUGACCGUCAAAUGAUGCGGGACUACUUCAUGCCGAAAAGCCACCUACUGGGAGCCAAUGGAGAACUCUUGAUUCCCGACGAGCCGAACGGGAAGAAACUUGUGGCUGAGGCACUGGCUAGUGAAAAACGCAGAUUUAUUGUGAGGUUUAAGAAACUAAGCCAGCGAUCAGAGCCGUGCCAAUACGUAACCUGCCACGUGGAGGGGUCCCUGCGGAAGUCAGACCGGGCGUGCCGGGGUUACAACCGCUGCUGUCAGAUGGUGCGCCGCGCCCGAGCCAGGGGCGACAAUCCGUGCUCCAGCGGGAACGAUAUUGUUUUCGUAGGCAUUGUGCGUCCUACAUCGGAAACCUUCCAGUCAGAGAGCGCCUUAGAGUCGUUCCGUAUGGAAUACCGCACAAGGCACUGCAUCGAUGGACAAAUUAUCCAGAGUGAGCACCGCAUCGGCCUGGUCACCGGCUACAUGACCCACGAGGUCAACGGGGUCAAUGCAUUGAACUUCAUGCACAAGGAUGACGUCCGUUGGGUCAUCAUUGCACUUAGAGAGAUGUACGACCAACACCGUCUUUUCGGAGAAUCGUGCUAUCGACUGAUGACUAAGAACGGUCAGUUCAUCUACAUGAGGACAAGGGGCCGGCUGGAUGUCGACCAAGACUCCAGGGCUGUCACAAGUUUCGUCUGCACCAACACGGUGGUAGAAGAAGAAGAAGGAAAACAUUUAAUAAAAAUGAUGAAGAAGAAAUUCACUCUAUUGGUCAACAAUAACGAAGAUCCACCUCAGGAAAAUGAAACAAUUCAAGACAGUGACGACGGAGGUUUGCCAGUAGAAGACCCGAGACAACUCGAAAAAGUGAUUUUGCAUCUUGUUACCAACUUGCCGUCUCCCCAAUCUGAGGAUGACCCUCGUAGCGUGUCUCCUGAUCGCGGAGAGUCGUCUUCACCUCGUCUAUCUAUCAUACCACCCCCAAAGAGGAGAAUUGUCAGUGCCAUCGAGAAAAUAUACACUGUUAUUAACACAUUUUCAAAACCUCGGGCAGUGAAACCUCAAAUUGAGGAAAUUAGCAGCGCCAAUAGCACUCUAAUCCCUCAAAUAUCAACGCCAUCGUGUACUUUCGACGCUGAUUCUCCUCCACCUUUGGUACCUAUUCCGACGAUGUUGCAUGAAGCAGCUCCAUCCAGCCGCCUUACUAAAUUGCCAACGUUCAAUAAAAUAUACAUGACCCGCCCACCAGACGUCAAUAAUACAACCGAUUCAAUCUCAUACAAUUCCGAAAACGAUUUCAUGAACCGAACUCCGGAAUCAUCAAACUCUUAUACUGGCACAGCUUCAUUUUCAAUUACGAAAAAUCUAAUACCGACCGGUAGUCAACUUGAUGAUCUUAGAUGCAAACUGUAUGUAUCACAAGGCGAUGAUAGGAAAUGCCAACAAACAAGCACUUGUUUGCAAGCUGGAGUUGUGACAAGUGGUGUAAAACGAAGAGCAUACAAAGAUCUGGAUGUAGCUCAUAAGAAAAAGAAUAUCGAAAUACCGAAACAAGAAAACAGCUUGAAUCCUGUGUCAACUUCAUUUGACACAUUAUUUGAUGACGAAUUGCUUAACACAUCGUUUUCUCAAAUCGAUACUGCGAUAGACUCCCUAGAGCAGACUAUUGUAGAUCCAACCUUCCCAGAAUUAUUGAUCUCAAAGGAAGUCCAGGACAUCCUCGGAGCUAUUGAUGACGUUCCUAACGACGAGAAUGUUGUCACCUAAGAGCAAAUCACUGCAGAAUACUCUAUUGCCGGGUAAAUUUAUUCAAUCACGAAAAUCACCGAAUAUUUCUUACCAGCUUAUAUCCACAAACAAAGAUCUAAUUUGACCUCGUGAGCAAAGAAAUGUUGAAGGAACUUCUGGUUGAAUCUGUUUCAUGAAGCAUCUAAAAUAAUCCUCAUUGUAAGAAGCAUAAAAAUGUCUUCAUGGUAGGCAAAAAAGACCUCUUAGUUUUCAUACAAUUGUGUGACAAGGUGAUUAAGCGGUGUCUAGCAAGUAAAAUCUAUAUUCGUGGUUAAGCUAUUGGACUGAAAUUAAUAGAAAUAUGUUUCUGAUAUUAAUAUCUUGAGAUCUCUUUAAUUCAUGUUUUGCCGUUAGUUGAUAAGCUUAUAUUUCUAAGAUUUUUUCAUCCCCCAAUUCUAAUCGCCAAAAUUACGGGUUUUUGGUAGUCAUUAGCAUGUACAUGUGUAGUAGAUACUAUAUCUAUGUGUUAUGACAUUUUCUAAACAAUGUAAAACUUUCCAAAGAUUGAAAUACUUUUACAGACUAGAGACAUUAAUUACUACUUAGUAUAUACAUAAAUAAAUAGUCAAAAGGCUAGAAUUUGCUGUAAAAUUAGUGUCUCGUAGGCAUUAGUUAAACAUACAUGCAAAAUGUCUAAAAUAAUCCCAUUUUAUAGACACAGUGUUGUUAAUGUGUGGGUGGGUCGUCGGUCGAGUUGUUCAGGCAUCUAGCUUUGAAGUAAAUCUUUCCAUAUUCUAUUGUUAAUCAAUUAUUUUAAAGUAAAGUAAACUAUUAAUAUUAAAACCUUCAAAUUCAGGCAACUGAAUUUAUAACCAAAAUAAUUGGAAACCAGGACAAACGCCGGGGGAUUAUUAUGAACGUUGUUUGGUAAAGUUAAUCAAUGUCUAUUUCUUAUCCGCGUACAUAAGUUUAAUCAUAUUAUGUAGAUAAGUUAGGUUACAUACAUUUAAUGACUAUGCUUUCUUAAAUUUUCUAGCUUCUGUAUUACAAUAGCAUAACCAACAUACAUGUGAAUGUGAUGAAAAAUCGAUAAAAUAAAGAGUGAAGAGAAAAUGCUUUUUUUAUAAUAAUCAUGUCAUUGUAUAUAAUAUCCAUCGCUUAAAGAGGAGUUUUAUUAUCAAUAUGGACAUUAUUUUUUGUUGAUUAGGCUUAAGUGGAAAUGUUAUUAAGUACCUAGAAUGUGCUAAUCACCGAUAUACUUACUUUAUAUUAUCAAAGAUCUUUAAGAUAUGUAAGCUUUUGGAAAAAAUAACGUAGAAAACUAAAUUUCUUACGAUUUCAAACCUUUUUGUAACUUCUUAAUAAAUCAAUUUCAGAUCAAAUGAUGUGAGAACUCUUACUGAUAGUAUCUAGUUUUUACUUUGGUAAUAUUUAAUAUUUCGUAUGAUGUUAGUAUAUUAAGCCCCCCAUACCCCCACAAUGGGCAUCUUAUAGUCUAGUCGAACUAUGUCGACGAUAGAAAUGACUUCCAAUGUGGCCCUUAAUAUGCGAAUGUAUCGUAAGAGUGUAAGACUGAGUAUUGUUUUAAUCAUUAAUAUAAUAUGUAAGAUUACUUCUACGAACCUUUGUAUAGCCAUAUUUUCAGCAUUUGUAGGUAUGUUACUUCAGAAUUAUUGUUUCUUUCAUUGGUAUCGUUAGAUGUAGGGGAGCGAGGUUUUGGGCUUGACUGCCACUAAAGGAAAAAGAUUUUCUGCCAGGCUGAUGUUAUGCCUGGGAAACCGUGGCUCCGACGAUGUUAAGCUGUAUUGUGUAUAUGUUUAAUGCUCCAAUUGGUAGAAACUGAUUAAGUGUAAUAGCAUUUUUCUUCAUCCGGGGCGUAUUGUGAUAUCGUGAUGAUGAGUGCCACAUAGCGAUAUACAAAAUUUUUCAUUGUAAUGAAAUCUAUGAAAUAUGUAUUUGCUUCAUUGGUAUUUGGUACAACUGACGCUUGAAUGAGGUAGUAGGUCCUAAUCUACUGAAGCUACUUAGUAGUAGGUAUAUUGAUAUACCUAUUACUUUAUAAGAGCAUUACUGGGCAACAUCUGAACCAUGAUAUAUGAAGAGAGGCCAGUUUCAUUUUAAUAGUAUUUUUGAAAAGAAUUUAAUUUUAAAAUACUAACAGUACAGUUAAUUUUGCCUUCAUCACUAAAUUCCUCUAUGUUAUUGUUUUCGUUUCAUAGUGCAGCUGAAUUAGAUGCUUUAGGUAUAUUAAGAUUGGUUUUUGUUUAUUAAAAAAAAGAAGCUCAUAAUUUUAUAUUUAUUUUGAUUUAUGUUACGUAUAAUACUUUUAUAGUCUAAUAUUUUAAGAAAGUAUAUAAAAUAAUUAAAAUGUGUGCUCAUAUCCAUUUUUUAUAUAAGUAAUGUGCGAUUGACCAGAUUCUAAGGUCAGAUUAUAAACAUUAUUCUAAGAAAUAACGAUCAAAAACAUCGAUUGUUUACGUAUUUGUAUUUCGGUAGAUAUACUAUUAUGUUAAUUUUUAAAUUUGUUUUAUCAUGUUAUUUUUAAACAAAUAGGGCCAUUACUUUACUAAUUAGAAUGAGAGAAAGCCGGGACUGGUUAUUAGGUGUAGUCAACUGUAGGGCUAGUCCAGGUAGUAACAAGUUUAAUUUUAUUACAAGAAACAGCUGCACCGUUUGGUAAUUCUUGUCUCAUCUCAAGAUACUGACUAUUUAAGCAUGAAAAAGUUUUAACAAAAUAUACUAUAGUUGUUUAUGAUCUUACCUGUCACUGUGAGACUGUUGAUAUUUUACCAGAUACCCUUUAUUGCGUGUUAUUAUUCAAACGGCUCCUUCAGAGCAUAAAAAUAAUAUAGCCCAAAGGAAUCCGAACAAUAAUAAAAGUAGUUUUAUAUUUUUUCGAUUUCGAUGAGGCUGCGUCUACCAAUAGUCAAAGUGCAAAGCUUAGGUCUAUCACAUUUUAAUUACCUUUUAAGUGAAGAUAACGCCAUAGUUUGUCUUUUCGAAAUGUUCAA